CCCAGUUGCACGCGCUAAUGGAAGUGAUCGUGUUUUUUCUUGUUGUAAUAAAAAAUGUGUAGUCGCCGUCCUGCGUCUUCUUCUUCAAAGCAUAUUUCAUCACUUUGGUAUUUGUUGGCAGUUAUUUUUGCAGUAAGAUGCGGGGUGUCACCAUCCAUAGAUAAUGAUAUUUUCAGUAUGCGGUCCCCAAUUCAAUGCUUCAGAGAUGACCUAAUUCCUGUACUAAAGAUAACAUGGGAUGAAUUCAGAGUAGAAGUGAAUCAAGUACCGGAAACUGGUUCAGUUAUAAAAUAUUUCCUCCAGUCAGAAGGAGCAAACUUAAGAUCUACUGCAGUGGCAUGCAUUUCAACACAGAACUUGCCACUCUUCAAAUUUUCUAUUACUGGCAAUUUGCUCAAUCAACCUGUUGAAUUUUACUUUGAUCCCAUGCUUGGGGAUACCAAUGGGUUCUUCCACUACCCAAAAUCUGCAAAGAAACUAUCGUUUUGGCUGAAAAAAAUGGGUGAUCAACAAGUAUUUGAGGAUGGUGAAAUGCAAGGCUUCCCAUGGAAUUUCUUUUUCCAAUACGUAAUACAGGAUACACCCUUUAUUAAUGGAACUUUGUCAACCAACUGCAAUCUUUAUGAGACAAAUUCCAAACCAAUGUGCAUCUACAAAAGCAUUUUGAAUUUUCCAACAAGUCAAGUUUCCUGGGUUGCUCAAGGGAAAAUUCAUCGUUCCUCAGAUAGUAGUAUCUUGUCAGCGCGGCUUACAAGAAGUGCAUCUCACCAGCCGAUAGCUCCGCUAUUUUUCAAUGCAAAUUGGAACACUUCGCAAGAAUCGUUCAGCCUCUCUUCGGACCUUGUCUUGGGUGAACAAUCAUUAUUGUCAUUGGCAAUCACAUCAUCGUUUCUUAACGGGUGGCAAUUGCACCUUGAGAUUCUUUCAUUUGCAUUCGAUUGGCGAUGGUCAAGCAAUUUGAGUAUUCUACCGAAACAGGAUGGCCGAGAGGUCACAGCUAUAUCAGAGGGAAACUACUUAUUUCAGCCAAGUCCUAUACCGAUUAGAUAUCGCUUUGGCUUAUUGGAAGGCAAUUCAUCUUCACAAGUGUUCAUGCUACGACACAACAUCAGCUCUGCGUUAUAUCGCUUUGAAGGCAAUAUGUCAAUUGAUGUGGAACCUACGGAUUCACAUCCAGAAAUCAUCACAAAAAUUACCCAAAAAAUACGUACAUCAUCAUUAGAAAGACCUUUGCGACUUGACCUACAACAGAUUUUUCACGAAUCUGGCUAUUGGACGUGGGAAACCGUUGUGUUGAGGUCCGGUUUGUUCGACAUGCACGUUUCAGGGCACUGGAACGAUACAGUUCUUCAACAUUACCGAAAACUCUUCCAGAUUCAUUCGCACGAUGAAGACUGUUUACCCUCAAUGAACUUAGAACUUGAUUAUUCAGAUCGACGCCGCUUCUAUCACCAGAUCUCAUAUCCGUUUUUGGCCUGUUCGUACGGUCUUCUUGUUCAGCUUUCUGACACUUCCAGGUUCUUACCUGCUGAAGUAAAAAUUCUUUAUCGAGACGAAUUCAAAGCAAAUCACUCACGAAGCAUAUUGCAACUGAAGCUCUCUGAAGUUAAUUCAAUUUUGAACGCCAAAGUAUCUACUGAGUGGUCGGACAUAAAUCGAAUGACUGCAGCUAUUAAAAACCACCUGGAUAAGAUUACCAAUUGGAUGGCAGAUGAACAACAUCCUAUUAACCAGCUUCUUAAACCAAUUCUCCGUCGGCCUACUCUUGCCAAAAGUUUUGCUGAUGCGUUGAAGUGGCUAGAAAACUAUUCAGGAUUGUAUUAGGGCUUUGAACCAAAAGUCUGCUAAUACGGUAGAUCAAAUUAUACUGAAGUAUUUUUAGGCCCUCCUCCAACCGCCCUACAUCUAAAUUUCAAUUGAAAAUGGAGAGAUUGUUAAGAAGCAUCGCGUUGAAAUGACAAUUCCUCUCAAAUUUUUCCGACCUCAUUCUACAGCCACCUGGAAAACAAACUGGAAUAGAUUCUCAACAGCUGGUCUUCUUCGUCCGGCGUUGGAAAGUGGUGCGUCGAGAGAUGAAACUAAAACCUAAGUAAUCCGAACUUUACCAUUAAAAUUAGGUAAGAUGAUUAACAUUGUUUCAGUUUAACCCUUAGUUUCUGUUAUGAUUACCAGAAGCCUAUGGUUACCGGUAAAUCUUUCCUAGCUAUCGUGCCAUACAAAUUCUGUCAGAUUAAAUUUUUUUCUUAUUGGAUUUUUUUACAUUUGUAGAUCAUCUCGUCUGAGUAUUGGCCGAUGAAAAAUCGGUUUGGGCAACAUUCAUGAUUGCUAGUCAUUUUACCAUUUCCUCAGCCAAACACCUCGUUUUAAAGGGUAAAGAUUAGACAAGAGAAAAAUAAGCUAAGACUCAUCAACUUAUGCUGUUCAUAACACAGAAAUUUAAGGGCUGUGUUAAGUAUCACUAGGUGUUGCCUCCGUUCAGUCGCUGCUGGUUCGCAAAGUAAUUUGAAGUUAAAACAAAUUACGAAUGGUAUAGAUGCAUGUAUUCAAAAUUGUAUAGAUAAUUAACCGUUUCCCUCUCCGUAUCCAUAAGUGCACAUACCCCUUUAAGUGACUAGAACAAAAACAAAACCAUUCCAAAUGUAAAGGGAAAUUAGAAAAUUCCCAAGUUCAGCCAUUGUCGAAACCCACCCUACCCAAAGUACGUGUUAGUAAUAUCCUAUUCUCUAAACAUUGCUCUAUUUUGGUGGUUUCAAAGUAAUGAAAUCGUUGUCUGCGUA